UUUCAUUUUAAGGACCAGCGGUGGUGCGAAAAGGCGGUUAAAAGUCUUGUGAAGAAACUCAAGAAGGCCGGUACAUUAGAGGAACUCGAGAAGACCGUUACGACGCAGGAUCCCCACACUAAGUGUAUUACGAUUCCACGAAAAGGUUUGCCGCACGUCAUUUACUGCAAAAUGUGGCGUUUCCCAGAUCUUCAAUCACAUCAUCAGCUAAAGCCGGUCCCUCACUGCCAGUACGCCUUUAAUCUAAAGCGCGAAGAGGUUUGCGUAAACCCUUAUCAUUAUGAGAAGAUCGAAAAUCCAGGUAACCAUUGUCAUAUAUUUGCUGCCGCCGAUCCUUGUGCCGAAGCAUUCGCAGAUUUCAGUUUGCAGUACAACAGGUUUUUCGGUUUUUUAUUUUGCUUGUUUGAAACAGUGGUUUGUGCUGCUUUAGCCGAAUGCUUUUCCGUUGAAUACUGUGAGCCGCCGUUUUGGUGUUCGGUAAGUUAUUACGAGUUGAACAAACGAGUAGGCGAAACGUUUCACGCCAGCCAGCCUUCGUUGACCGUCGACGGUUUCUGUGACCCCUCCAACGCGGAGCGCUUUUGUCUCGGUCUUCUGUCGAACGUCAAUCGCAGUCCUGCGGUGAUCGAAGCCAGAAAACACGUCGGAAGGGGAUCGCGGUUUUAUUAUAUCGGUGGCGAAGUUUUCGCGGAAUGCCUGAGUGACUCAGCGAUUUUUGUCCAGAGUCCGAACUGCAACCAGCGUUAUGGAUGGCAUCCGGCCACUGUUUGUAAAAUUCCGCCAGGUGCCGUUUCGCAGGGUUUCGAAGCGGUUUAUGCGUUAACGCGCAUGUGUACAAUACGUGUAAGUUUCGUGAAAGGUUGGGGUGCCGACUACCGCCGUCAAACUAUCACAUCCACCCCCUGUUGGAUCGAACUGCAUCUGAAUGGGCCAUUGCAGUGGCUCGACCGAGUGCUAACGCAGAUGGAAGGUCCGACCAACAAGAUGAAUAGCUUCACUUGA